UGUGAGAAGAUUCUGGGCGUUUGCUGCACAGACCGCUAGUCCUUUGCCCUGCAGGCCCCUUUGACAGCGGUUCUGGCACUUCCCAGAAUCCCCUCCUUUGCAGACCUUCCUCCUCUUUGUAUCGCCAGCUCUAUAUAGCUGGCGAUCCCUUCCAGCCUCAGUAAGCUGGAUCCCUCAAUCUACAUCAUUCCCAUCAUUCGUGAUCCACCUCAUAGGUCAUGAGCCCUCUGUCGCAACGCUAAUCGACGCGACCUCCCAACAACAACAACAAGUCAGCGACGCGAUUCUCGCCCUGACAACCCCUCCAAAUCAGACGAGCUUCCUGAUACCCCAAGUCGACGAUCUACCGACACCUUGUGAGGAUUAUCUAUCAAGACAACCGUCACAAUCAAUCCCACAACAAAACCCCGUCGUUUACUCUCGUAACCAUGACAACCAACAACAACCUAGCCGACACGGCAACCCUCAUACAACUGAAAGGCGAAAAGAAUCUGGGUGACUGGGAGUCAGCUCUCUGGGUCGCACUGGACUGCGCCAACCUCACAGACUAUGUCUUUAGUCCAAAAGACAAACCAGAACCGAAAGACAAGGACUCAGAGAAGUACGAGACGUGGCGAGCCAACAGAGCCAGAGCAGUUGCCGCCAUUCACAGUACCCUGAAAGCCGAGAAUAUCAGAACCAUACUACAGAUCAAUGGCUGGGACCCCAAGAAUCGAGACCCCAGCUAUCAUUUCCAACUAAUUCAAAAGGCAAUCGCGAAAGUCACCGACGAGGCCAGGGCAGAUGUACUUCACGAAUACCUGUCCCUUAAACGACAAUCAUUUGACACCAUAGAGUCAUUUCUGUCACGAUACAACGUGUGCCGCAAGCGAGUUGCUGACGCGGGCCUCAAGAUUGACGAUGAACUCGAGAUGGUGAUUCUGUUCAACAUGGUCAGAGAUCGAUACCCCAUUGAAGCUCGUCUCUGGGCAGUCGAUAUGGAGAAGAAGACACUCCUACCUCCAGUCUUCCUGGGCAAGCUCAGCACUAUCGGCAACAGCGAGAAACGUAAUCCAACCCUCAGUGUCUCUACACAAGUCAACAAUACCAACAAUACCAACAAGAACAACUCAAAUGAUAAAGGCAAAGACGGUAAAGACAACAAGGACAAGAAGAGGGAGACAGAGAAGUGUUCCACGUGCAACAGGGACAUCACCAAAGGCCACAAACACUUUGACUGUGGCCAUCACAGGAAUCCAAAGACCCCAGACUGCUGGAUGUGCAACCCAGAGAAGGCACCAGAUACAUGGAGAAAGAAGAAAGAAUUGAUGGAAGCCAAGUCCGCUGGCACGGCUGCAGCCACGGCUGACACGAACAAUGGCCUUACCCAUCCCUCAUCAAAGAGCUCCCUUCUGUACGGUAGUGUCAACAACUUCAUGGCAUUAAGCCGUGACGAUUCUGAUUCUGAUGGCAAUCAGGAUUUUUGGUAGAGCCCGUAGCCAAUACAAACGCUAAAAUCCAACAGGCUCUCAAGGUAUACAACAUCAAUAAUAACGACGAUACACGUGACAAGGUUCUCUACGAUUCUGGAUGUGCCACUAGCAU